AUGUCCGACCCCGCAGGCGAGGAUUACCGCGACGCGAUGCGCGACAUCGAGUCAAGCACUUCCGACGAGGAUAAAUCCGACGAGGACGAAGCCAACGGCGACGGCGAUGCCGCUGACAACAGGGCCCAGGAAACGACGGAUGAAACCUUGGCGCAGGCUCGAGUCAUGGCCACGGAUGCUGACAACGCAACCGUGCCUCAAUUACGCUCGGGCUUGAAAUUCGCGCAAGCUCAAUGCACUAAGUCUCAUUCGACAAUCUUGGAGCUCCGCCGUCGCAUCCAGGAGCUAGAGGAGGAGCUCGCCCAGGCCACGUCAAAGAGGAAGCCUACGACUAUCGAAUCCAAGGUCAUCGAAGUCGGUCGCCAGUUCGUCUAUCUAUUUCGCCUCAUCCCCCCCAACUAUUUGUUCCCGCUUCGUGGUGUCGAGCCUCUCGAUCCUCGUCAUCCAUCACGGUUCAAGGACAUCGAAAAACGCCGCCGCUGUCUAGUCACCGAGUUCGUCAAGUUCCUGUCGCCCGAACUACGCAAGGCUGUCGCCAACUACCCGAAUUUCCAGGAAAAGUUUCUUCAAGGCGCGAGGUCUGAAAUCGGCAUCUUCGUCAACUCCGUCAAGUCUCAGUGCCCGCAUAUUUAUGCCGGGCUCAACAUCGGCAGCCUUGGGCUCUCGACUGCGGAGAACCUCCCGAAGGAUCCCGUCGUUAAGUGGCUUCUCGAGGACCCGUUUGCAUCCGACGACUCGGAGGAACGCGCCAGCAAUGAGGGUGACAAGGAGGAGGAGGAGGAGGAGGAGGUAGAUGCCGUCCCCACCUUUCCGAGGAUCCUUUUCCAGGAUCCCAGCCUUCCUGACGGUGAAGAGCUCUUUAGGGCGACCGCUUUAAUCAAUGCGGCUAAAGCUGCUCUAUUCGGACCGUCUUCGUUGAACGGUCGCGGCGGCUCUGGCGGUCCGAGACCGCGCGCGGUGAGGUGGAGCAUGAAGGGGGUCACGCCUGGUCUCAUUUGUGCCUUAGCAAUUUUAGUAAUCCACCGACUUACUAUGGACAACGACUUCAAUUCCACGGGCAAAGUCACGCACGUCAACUGGGAUGCUCGAUUCGACGAGUACCUCGCUGUAUUGAACAGAAACCUCGAAUGGACCGACAAGUUGCUAGCGUAUUGGGACGCGAUCCUUUUCCCCAAAUCCGGAUCUACGAAGAAGGCCGGUCGUGCAGCGCCUCGUGAUCCAAUCGAUCGCGCCAACUCUCUUUUCGACAAGCUCCAGGCCCGUACCAUGUCAGCCGAGCCCGAACCUUCCGGUGCCCCGGCCAACUCGGACUCUGCAUCCGCUGCUCUCAAGAUUCAGCAGCAGAUCGGUCAGUUGUCUAUUACGGACUCGACCGCGCCGGUCGACACUGCGCCGGCGGUUUCUAGCGCUCGCGCUCGAUCGGUUCGUGCAUCGCCCGUUCCGUCCACCUCGCUCGCGCAGCAGCCUUCGAGCUCCGCCUCGGCGGCAUCCCUUGAGAUCAUCCCUGCAGAUGUACCAACUCAGGCUGACGUUCUCGCCACGAAACCCGCCCGCAGGACCCGCCAAACGGCCCGGUCGACCCAGGAUGGGGAUCAGGAGUCAUCUAGCAAGGCGAAGCGCAGCGCCGGCGGUGCUAAACGCAACAAGGCUACCUAG